AUGGCACCAACAUCUGCCGGUCAGAUCGCCGGUAUAAAACGCCUUUUACAACAUGAGGAAAUUUUGGUUGACGACCCCGCCCGGAAAAGGUUAAAGAUGGAAAUCGAACUCGAGGUCCAACAACUAAUGAUCCCAGCUAACGGGCAUUAUGAGUACUCCGUGUAUGUGGACGAAUACAAACAUCCGUGGGACGCGAAGCUUGUCCACAGUGUCGCCGGGGCUAGAGAUAAUGAUUUCUACCACCUCCAACUGCUGGUACACAAGUCAAGACAGAAGUACAUCACCUGGGUCGGGCAGGGCUUGAUCGGAGAGAGCCCCAGGGAGCUAAAACCUAGGUCGACACCGGACUUACUCAAGGCCAAGGCAGAUUUCGAGAAGAAGUUUAUGAAUAAGACUGGGUAUUCCUGGUGGGACCGAUUCCAACCACCAGCCUCCAGCAAGGGCUUUCGGUUCACACUCCCUAGCUAUGUGGUUCGCAAUCCGUUUGACCCCCCAUUCAGCCUCGAGAGUGCCAAAAAGAUGACCUACAACAUUCCGCUUCCAGAAUGCACAUUGCCCGCUGCAAUUCAGAGGGUUAUGGCGCUUAUCUUGGACAAGAAUCAGCUUCUAGCUGGAACGGCAGGGUAUGACUCUCAGAAACUACCACUUGGUGCAUUGAAUAGCCAGACCCUCGUCAGCGGAUGGCGAGUCCUGGACGAGUUGGAAAGCUUACUCGAUAGCGUACAGCCAUCUACAAUGACUCCUGCGGCCCUCAGCAGUCAGUACUACAGCAUCAUCCCUCAUGUCUUCGGAUACAACAAUACCCCCGUUAUCUGCACUCGAAACCAGAUUGAAACGGAAAGAAGUCUUCUGGAGGAGCUCUUCAACGCCUUGACGGCACGGGAUAUCAUUGACAGCCCGAAGAGCGACUACACGCACCCACUAGACGUUGGACUCCGGCAAUUGAAGCUGAAACAAUUUGAGGCAUUGAAUCACGAUUCCAAUGAAUUCCGUCGAAUCGAGGCCUACUACACCAGCACGACCAAUCCGAACAGUGGCACCGCUCCCUAUAAGAUCGUCGACAUCUUCCACAUCGAACGUCCCAGAGAGGAGAGUCGCUUCAAAAGCUCCCCCUACGCCCGCCACCCCCACAGCAACCGGCGCCUGCUCUGGCACGGUUCAAAAAUAGUCAACUUCGCCAGUAUCCUGAGCAACGGGCUGCGCAUCCAGCCAAGGGGGGUACCGCUGCACGGAGCAGCGCUCGGAAAAGGGGUGUAUUUUUCAGACACCGCGCAGCUCUCGCUGCAGUACUGUGCGACCGCGCCGCCAACAGACACCGCGCUGCUGCUGCUGGCUGAUGUCGAGCUGGGCCAGUCGACGGUCAUCGCUGGCGCCACGAAUCCGCUGAUACAUCAGGGCUUCAAGCCAACUUCGGACUCCACGCAGUGGCACCAUGCGCACGUUCCAAUCAAGAUCUUUAGUGACGGCGAAGACAUCCAUCCGCGCUUGGCGGGUGUAAAGGUACCCCAUCGGCGAUGGAGGCUUCAUGAGAUUCGCUCCCUGCCGAGCGGGUAUGCGGUUUACAAUGUCGCGCAGAUUCGGCUGAGGUAUCUGGUGUUUGUUAAGAGAUGA